AUGGAGUCAGAAAUUGUCCAAAUUGAUGCCAGAAGAUCGCAAGAGUGGAAUGAGGUGACUACCAAAGUCACGAUCCACGUGAAAAUGACAAGCAACGUCAACAAGGACACCAGUAGGUAAGCACUGUGACAAUAAUAAUUUUAUUCUACAAUUUGUGGUGUUCAAUACAAGAAGUCUUGGUUCUGUUCUUCCAUGCCUGCUCUCAGGGAGCAAUUGUAUUUACUAUCCAUCUAUCAAGUGCAUCAAUAUGAUACAUGCAAGGCUCUUACACAGAGGUGAACCCAUGGGAACUAUGAUGGACCGCCUGGCACCCUAGUACUUGCGAGUACCAUAAACAAUGCACUGGAACACCAUAACCACCAUAAACCCCAUGAACCGCCACAUCUCGGUUGGGGUCUCACCGUCCUCCACCUACCCUGGACCCAAGACCAGGAUCCAGCUCCCAGUGGGUAGACCUCUCCUAGUCCAGAGAGCGUAGCAGGAACAGCUCUUAUAAGAGCUAGUGAUUAUACUAGCAACUGUACUAAUUAUAAUCCAAUUAUCUCCAAGCACAGAAAAAAACACACUUUUUAAAACACUCCAAAAGUACCCUAAAAAUACAUAAAACCCCCCAUGUUACAUCCCCUGAUAGCCCUGAUCUGGGUGACCAACAUAUCCAAAAAUCACCCAGAUCAGUUAAGGGUUUCAGGAAUUUCCUGGAAGUCUUAUUUUUGACCGACCGUGCACAUGGUCCUAUACCCAAAACAGUUCCAGGGAAUCAGGACUAACGGUCGGUCUCUCUGUCUGGAGUACAAAAGUACAUAACUCACAUGAACAGAGCCUUUGAAAGUGCAUUGGGCAAGGUAUAUUGCAGGGCCCAUAGUCCUGAGGCAAGAGGCUCGCGAGGUGGCCCCUCCAAGAACCAGUGACGAGGUUCAGUUCGUCACAGGAACUCCAUUUCCUUACUAUAUAUACAUUGACAACAACGUUUCCACAUUUCUUUCUGUUAAAAGAGUGCUGACUACAGUACAUGAGGAUUCAUACAGAGAUUUGGGCAUUUUACAAUAGCAGUGAAGCUAAUGUGGAAGAUCUCUACAUUUAUUCCUAUGCCGUUUUUAAAUCAUGAGUACUCUGUAUAUAAUCCUUUGAUUUUUCCCUUCACACAAUACCAACAUCAUCUGACAGACUGGCACGCUGCCCAUGGUGGAUUGCCACAUUAACAGCCUAAAGUGAGGUAGGUGUGAUGAAACAGUUAUCUUUCUAUGUAUGAUGAAUAGGUCAACAAAAAACACAAAUGGCACACUCACCCUUAUAGUGCAAUGCUAAAAUACAAUGGAUAGUUACAUUUUCUUUUUUAAAUGUUGUAGAUAACAUAAGGAUACCUCAAAUUCCUCAAAAUAUAAAACAACACAAGAAUAUAUCUACAAAUAUAAAACAACAAAAAUAGAGUAGUAUAGUAAUAUACCUGGAGAAAUAAGAUUUCAAGGUUAGACUCACAAGUGUCUAAUAAAAUGCAGGCUCAUCUGAUAUGAUGGUAAAAUCUCUGAUAGGCAAGGUCUUCUAUAUUUUCAGGAGUGCAUGUAAAAGAAACAAUGGAAAACCAUUGUGAUAACAGUGUAUGAAGGUACAACCGACUGCUUUAUUAAAUCGCACUUACAAGAUAAAAUAUAGUUAAAAGACUAUCAACAAAUCUCUGAUAUUGCUGGAUCAAUAGUUAAAGUGCAAAUGUAAAAUAAACCUGAUCUUCCUUUACACUGAAUGAAAUCUAUGAUGUUUGCAUAAAAAUAAUGAACAAUGGUGCAUAUGUAUCUCACCCUACGCAUUUCGUCUCCCAGGAGACAUUCUCUGGGGUAAUACAAUUAAGUAUGGUCCACAACAUCUAGUACAGUGUCUAGUGACUAGUACAGUGAAGUUGCCAUUGUUCCCUUGCGUGCCAGAUUACAUUGAUGUCACUUAAACCAUUUAAUUAUAUUAACAAAUGGCUGGACUUUUUCCAGACAGACCUCAUAUAUUGCAGACUACGUACACCCCUUCAUGGCAAUCGUGUUCCCUGAUGGCAGGUGCCAGGAUAAAACAACCCUUUCACACUGCAAACAUUGUUCAGCAUUGGAUUGAGGCACAUGACAAAGAGUUCAAGGUGUUGCCUUGGCCUAAAAAUUGCCUAGAUUUCAAUCCGAUUGAGUAUCUAGGGGAUGUGCUGGAACAACCAAUAUUAUCCAUGAAGGCUCCACCUUGCAACUUGCAGAAGUUACAUAGUUACAUAGUUACAUAGCUGAAAAGAGACUUGCGUCCAUCAUGUUCAGCCUUCCUCACAUUUGUUUUUUGCUGUUUAUCCAAAAGAAGGCAAAAAAACCCAGUUUGAAGCACAAUUUUGCAACAAGCUAGGAAAAAAAUUCCUUCUUGACCCCAGAAUAGCAGUCAGACUUAUCCUUGGAUCAAGCAGUUAUUACCCUACAUUGAAAGAUUAUAUCCUUGAAUAUUCUGUUUUUGCAAGUGUGCAUCUAGUAGCUGUUUGAAUAUCUGUAUGGACUGUGAUAAAACCACUUCUUCAGGCAGAGAAUUCCACAUCCUGAUUGUUCUUACAGUAAAAAACCUUUCCUUUGCCUUAGACGAAAUCUUCUUUCUUCCAGUCUAAACGCAUGGCCUCGUGUCCUCUGUAAAGUGCGGGUUGGGAAUAGAUUUCCACACAAUGGUUUGUAUUGGCCCCGAAUAUAUUUGUAUAAUGUUAUCAUAUCCCCUCUCAGGCGACGUUUUUCUAAACUAAAUAGGUUUAAAUUUGCUAACCUUUCUUCAUAGCUGAUUUGUUCCAUUCCUUUUAUUAAUUUUGUAGCCUGCCUAUGCACUUUUUCUAGUGCCAUGAUAUCCUUCUUUAGAACAGGUGCCCAAAAUUGUACAGCAUAUUCAAUAUGGUGUCUUACCAGUGAUUUAUAAAGAGGCAAAAUGAUAUUCUCGUCCCGAGAAUGAAUGCCCUUUUUCAUGCAUGACAAUAUCUUACUGGCCUUGGCCACUGUUGAUUGACAUUGCACAUUGUUGCAUAGUUUGUUGUCUAUAACAAUUCCCAAGUCCUUUUCGUGUGUUGUUAUCCCUAAUUCGCUUCCAUUAAGGGUAUACGUUGCUUCUGUAUUCUUUACGCCGAAGUGCAUAACUUUGCAUUUUUCAACAUUAAAUUUCAUCUGCCAUUUGAGUGCCCAGACCCCCAGUCUAAAUCCCUCUGAAGCAAAUUAAUAUCUUGCUCACAUUGUAUUAUUUUACAAAGUUUUGUGUCAUCUGCAAACUUCAAGAUCAUUUAUAAACUUGUUAAAUAGUUUGUCUGUCUUCAAGAUCAUUUAUAAACUUGUUAAAUAGAAGGGGUCCCGGAACAGACCCCUGAGGGACACCAUUUGCCACCUCUGUCCAGCUUGAAAAUAUACCAUUAAUGACAACUCUUUGUACUCUGUUUUUAAGCCAAUGUUCUACCCAAGAACAAGCAUUUUCAUCUAGACCGAUUUCCUUGAAUUUGAACACUAAUCUAUUGUGUGGAACUGUAUCAAAUGCCUUUGCAAAAUCCAAAUAGAUCACAUCCACGGCAACACCCUGAUCUAUACUUCUACUUACUUCUUCGUAGAACGCAAUCAAGUUAGUUUGACAUGACCUGUGCUUCAUAAAACCGUGCUGAUUUUUGCUGAUAACCAUGUUCUUCUCAAGGAAUUCUUGAAUAUUAUCCCUUAAUAACCUUUCAAAUAUUUUACCAGCCACAGAAGUUAAGCUCACAGGUCUAUAAUUUCCAGGCAAGGAUUUUAAACCCUUUUUGAAUAUAGGAACUGUAGGAAAUUGGCAUUCCGUGAGAUGUUUGUUUGUCACAUACCAGUUUUCUUAAAAAAUCGAAUCCAGUAUCUUGCAGUUAAAACUUAUGUUUAUUCAAACAUACACAUCAUCCGGUAAUAACAUAUAGUCAUUAACAGUCUUUGUCCAAUACAGAGCAAUGUUCAUGAUGUUGUCCAUUUUUGAUGUUAAAGGUAUUGGCCACGAAUUUUAAGCUACAAUCAGUUUUAUAGGUUUAAAAUUCAGUUACAGAGGGGCGUAUACAUAAGAUUGCCUUACUUUAAAAUAAGUGGCUAUCUUAGAAAGAGGGGAGGGAAUCUAUGAUUAAAGCCAUACGUUAUAUUGUUUUGGUAAGUUACCCACAAAGAAGUUCUAUAUGCAUGGUAAAUGAAUAGAUGCCUUUAGAAACAUGAGCCUUGGUAAUACAGAGGGAGACUGGCUAGCAAAGCUUAGGUCAAAGGUUACUAUAAACAGGCCCUUCAUCUAUCACUCUUAAAGUGAACCAGAUGUGGUCUCCAUUCCUAUACAAUGAAAGCCUGUUAUACUAUAGGACUAGGUAUGGCUUCUCAAUUUCAGUGUUCUGGAAGUAAUCCGAAUAAAACUUAUAAUAUUUAUAUCAACACAUUAAAUAUUUAAUAGUUCAUAAAAUAUAUUUCAGGAACCACAUCUGCCUUCCUCCAAUCCUCUGAAACACUUCCUGAAAGAAAAGAAUCUUGAAAGAUUAAAAACAGAGGUUCACUUAUUUCUACACUUAGUUCCUUAAGUACAAGUGGAUGGAUACCGUCAGGCCCUGGAGCUUUGUUUAUAUUAACUUUCUUUAGUUGCUGCAGCACCUUGUCUUGAGUUAAUCAAUUACAAUUAUUCUGCAAGUUUUUAGUAGCAAUCAUUUGCACAUCUAUUGCUAUGCGUUCUUCUUUAAUACAUACAGAGGAGAAAUAGUUAUUUAAAAUUCCUGCCUUUUCCUGGUCUUCAUUAACUAACACCCCCGUUUCAGUUUUUAGUGUACCUACACUUUCAUUUUUGGAUUUUUUUGAAUUUAUGUACUUAGUUAAAGAAUCUGUUGCUAAUGUCCUGGAACCAGAUACCACAGGACAUGUCCAGAGGUCUUGAGGUGUCCAUGGCUCGAUGCAUCAGAGCUGACCUACAUGAUAUUAGUUAGGCGGUUUUGGCUGAUCAGUGUAUAUACAAACACUUCACAUUCCUCAUAGGCUGUUCACUAAACAUUUAAUUUUAGGAAGUGAAAAUCUGAACUGCAUCAAUAAGGGCAAAAUAGCAGAUUUGGAAAAGUUCUCCAACUCAGCUAUAGUAAUAUUUUACAAAUGUGUUUUGGGAUUUUACCACAGAAUAUUUAAACCGGAACCACUGUCCAUCAUCCCUUUAAUGCGGUGCAGUUGCCCUGUCCCCUUAGCAGAAAACACUCCCAAAGCAUAAUGUUUCCACCUCCAUGUUUGACGGUGGGCAUGGUGUUCUUGAGGUCAUAGGCAGCAUUCCUCAUCCUCCAAACUCCGCGAGUUGAGUUGAUACCAAAGAGCUCAAUUUUGGUCUCAUCUGACCAAAACACUUUCACCCAGUUCUCCAUUGAAUCAUUUAGAUGUUCACUGGCAAACUUCAGAUGGGCCUGUACAUGUGCUUUCUUGAGCAGGGGGAUUUUCAUGGCGUAAUGUGUUACCAAUUGUUUUCUUGGUGACUAUGGUCCCAGCUGCCUUGAGAUCAUUAACAAGAUCCUACCGUGUAGUUCUGGGCUGAUUCCUCACCAUUCUCAUGAUCAUUGAAACUCCACGAGGUGAGAUCUUGCAUGGAGCACCAGACCAAGAGAGACUGACAGUUAUUUUGUGUUUUUUCCAUUUGCGAAUAAUCGCACCAACUAUUGUCACUUUCUCACCAAGCUGCUUGGCGAUGGUCUUGCAGCCCAUUCCAGCCUUGUGUCUACAAUCUUGUCCCUGACAUCUUUGGACAGCUCUUUGGUCUUGGCCAUGGUAGAGAGUUUUGAAUCUGAUUGAUUGCUUAUGUGGACAGGUGUCUUUUAUGCAGGAACAAGCUGAGAUUAGGAGCACUCCCUUUAAGAGAGUGCUCCUAACCUCAGCUCGUUAUCUGUAUAAAAGACACCUGGGAGCCAGAAAUCUUGCUGAUUGAUAAGGGAUCAAAUACUUAUUUCACUCAUUGAUAUGUAAAUCAAUGUAUAACUUUUUUUAAAUGACUUUUUUCUGGAUUUUUUUAUUUGUUAUUCUGCCUCUCACUGUUAAAAUACACCUACCAUUAAAAUUAUAGACUGAUAAUUUCUUUGUCAGUGGGCAAACAUUCAAAAUCAGCAAGGGAACCAAAUUGUUUUUUCCCUCAUUGUAUAGGAUAUUGCCAAGUGAAUCAUGUGUAUAAGUAUACUCUGUGUGUAUCCACUGUGAAAUGUAUUAUCUGUUGGAUUAUACAUUGUUAUUAGCAAGUCACCUAAAAUCUCUCAGCCCAGCCCCGCCACUGGCAUCACCCCCACUCACAUCCCUAAAAUGUCACCAGAACAACUACAGUUUAUUGCAUUUGUUCUGGUGAGUAGAAUCAUUGCCUUCAGGCUUUUUACAUUACAGCCUAGGGAUAUCUCCACUGGCCACUCCUUAGAUGGCUACUAAAGCUGCUUUCUUUGGGCAGUGCUGCCCUCUGCAUGCAGACACUGAACUUUCCUCAUAGAGUUGCAUUGAUUCAAUUCAUCUCUAUGAGGAGAUGCUGGUUAAACAGGGCUGUGUUUGACUUGUGCUGGCUCUGCGCCUGAUCUGCCUCAUUGACAGUCUCAGCCAAUCCUAUGUGAAAGCAUUGUGAAUGGCUCAGACCACCACUUCUGAUGAUGUCAGCAACCAGAGGCAGUUCACAGGCAGAGGCAGCAACUUCAGACUUGAAUACAAGUAAGAUUUUACUAUAUUUAGGGAGGCAAGAAGGGACCAAGGGGGCUUGAGGGUGGUUUUAACACUAUAGGGUCAGGAAUACAUGUUUGUGUUCCUGACCCUAUAGUGCUCCUUUAAAGUGUCCAUCUUUGUCCAUUUUAAAUAUUUGGAGAUUAAUUAAGCCUACAUGUCUUUAAAUAUUUGGGUGAUUAUCUGGGGUUUAGUAAAUGCAUGAAUUUCUAUUAACUGUUUUAGCUGGUGCAUAAUUGCCCAAAUAAUCAUUGUGAAAACAAAAAAUCUCUGAAUUUGACCCAAAUUGCAGAAAUAGAUAAAAUGCUCUGUUUUUUGCUUUUGUGCUAGGCAAAGCCUUUACCUGGCUAACAAUGUCAUCAAGAAUGCAAUUGAAACUCCUUAUCCACUUAUAAGACUUCAUCACUCCAUCACUCCACAACCUUCGUCCCACUUGUAUAUCUGCACUUAUUAAAUAUUCUUCAACAUGGCCUUUCUACGUCUCUAAUGACCUAAUGUUCUCAAUCUUCCUACUGCCAAGACUUUUUCUGAGCUUCCUCACAUCUAUGGACCUCGCUAACCUCUACUUCUAUCCUCUAACAAACAUUCUAUUAAAACUAUAAAGAUACAAACUUUUCUAAUAACACCCGUUACUCUAAAUAUCCAGUUAUGGUAAAUUUGCAUAAAUAAGUAGCAGUAUGGUAAUAAAUCAAUCAUGGAAUAUCCAUAUCAUUGCAUAAAUUUAAAGGUACAGGAAGGGUUGCUUUUAACUACUGAAAAUGCUAUAUAAAAAUUUAUUGUCGGCACCAUAUAAGCAUCACUCUUCUUUUUAGAUUGGGUGGAUAUGUCUGCCUGGAUUCUGCAUUAACACAGGUGGCAGACUUAGUAUUUUUUUAAUAUUAAGCAAGUUAUUGCUAAUACUAUAUAAUAUUGUAUUAUUUCAUUAAUAUCGGAAAAUCUAAGAAAUUUAAUUUACUUGCAAUUUACAUAGAGAAGACAAAGAUAAUCACAGAGUCUAAUUUCUAACAUGAACAAAAAAAAUCUGUUAGUUCAAGUCAUCUAUUUGUUUAGUGUUUCUAUUAUUUUCAGGGACAAUAGUGCUAGUGCAGUAACGUUGCUUCAUUUAUAAUAACCACACUAGAAAAAAACAACAAACAAAAAAGCAAAAAAACAAAAGCAAAACAACAACAAACCAAACUAGAGGUGAAAACAUUGUGUUUAAAAUUAUUAUCCAAUUCACAUCUCUAAUCAUUAUUCAUUAUUUAGAAAGCUGCCAACAUAUUCUGCAUAGCUUGUUACAAUUCUAUGUUUGACUCCAAUUUAUAACAACGCUCUAGAAGCUAACUCCAAGGACAAGUAUAGUCAAAGAAAGAAACGUUAUUGUGUUUUACUGCAACCAAGAUUUUUUUUUUUCAUUAACUCAAUAAAAGCAUAAGGCUUGUGAGAGAGAAUUGACAAUUAGAGGAGCAAGAGCAGAAUGUAGUACUCCGUCAGGCAGGGCAUUAGGUGGUCAUGGGAAAGUGAGAGGAAUUGUAUUACUCAAAGACAAGAGGCAGUUAGCAGGAUCGGUCUUUAAGCGCUGGCGAUUGUAAAUCAUAAACUGUUGGGCAGAAACAGGUCAGGAUGGACAAUAGUCGGUUUAUACAGAAUGGUCAGUAAAAAUAGGCAUUCAGAAAAUAGGUAAACCUCCAACUGGACCUUUGACAUUUGGGACAAAUAAACACGCAUGACUUGUUGAUGCAAGGUUUUGUAGCAGAACAGCAAAAUCUAAGGGAAUGAUGGGCAUUACAAUUAUUGGUUAAUAUAGAUAAUACAUCGGGGGUAUGGUCUGGAGAAUGAGAGACAUGGUGGCAUAGACCCACAGCUCCACUUACACCAGAAUUAAUGCAGCUGUUAAAGCGGACAGUGCGACUUUUUGUUUUGACAAAUAGUAAGACAUGAUCGGCACUAAGCCAAAGAAGACCCAUGCAAAAUGAAACACAGUUCUUACCUCAAAAACUGGCAACAGAAGAGGAUUCCAUGGCCUCAACUCUAUCUUGGCCAUAUGAACAGGCCUCAGACUCCUUGAUCUCAAUUGCAGUCCUUCUAGAGUCACCAGCCUUCCCAGAAAAGAUGAAGCUAAUGCUACAGGACCUCAGAAGGACCUGCAAUCAGACCAUUCUUUGGAGCUGGUUAAAACUAUAGGAAAACUGGGAGAGAGGACAGAUAAGUUGGAACACAAAAUGGAUGAUAUUACUGAUUUGCACAAUGCAUUGGUGAAUGAACACAAGGUGUUCAGACAUAAUAACUAG